AUGAGCGAAUCGCGACGGACGGAGAUGGGCUGGGCUUGGAACUGUCCCACAUGUGCAAGCACCACUCAUCUCCACUGCUCCUGUGCAGACAAUUGGAAGGCAGACAAUUGGCGGGUGCCAGUCACGGCAUCCAUGUUCGAGAGGGGUAACAAGGGAAUCGAGGGGAAGAUGGAAGACAUGCUUGGCAUGCCUGUCGUCGCAGCCCUUCCUUUUCAGCCAUUAGCCGCUUCCACCAUGUCCGACUAUGUCGGGGCCGAUGCUACUGUGCAGGCAACCAACGACAGCUCAAUAGUGAGCAAAGCCAGUGCUGCAGCUUCGGGGUACUUCGAGGACCCCUUCGUGAGCUGCGUCGCCGUUCGUGGUCCCAAGGGGAAGCUGAUUCGAAGAUCUCCGUUAGUGCACAGAUGCUACUACACGCGACACCUGGGAGUUCUGCAGAUGCAGGAGGCUUUUCUGACAAGCUCUAUUCAGCCGGGCGAGGCUUACAACGUGGUCGUGGUCGGGGCAGGAUUUGAUACUGGAGCGCUGAGGCGUUCAUGGCCGCCUGGGUUGCGGGGAUACUAUGAAGUGGAGUUUCCCGCCGUACUGACGCGAAAGGAAGCUUUGCUUCGUCGAGCGAAGGUAGAGCUGCCGGCAUGGCUUCACAGAUGCGGUGCUGACUUGCGCGAUUUGGCUGAUGUGGAGACCUCGUUGAAAGCUGCCGGCACAGAUUUCGAAAUACCCACGUUGAUUAUUGCCGAAGUCGUGCUGGCCUACAUGGAGCCUGGUGAAGGCGAUGCGCUUGCGGCGUGGGCCGGGAAAAGAUUUUCCAAUUGUUUAUUCGGUAUGUAUGAGCAGAUCGGACCCUACGAUCCGUUUGGAAGAUUUAUGCGACGGCACUUCUUGCAGCGCCAGUGUCCCCUUAGAUCCCUUCUUGCACGGCCAGAUAUUGAAGCGCAGCGUGCACGUUUCUGCUCCUUCCCUCGCGUGGAUGCAGCGGACAUGACAUCCGUACUGUCUGCUACACCUUCCGAAGAGCUGACAAGAAUCUCAGGCCUCGAACCGUUCGAUGAAUUCGAGGAGUUUCAUCUGAAGUGCACGCAUUAUUUUUGCUUGGCAGCGAUGUCCGGAGGGUGCUGCAAGGCGAAGACAAUUUGGCCCAAUCCUGGUAAAAGCCCGAGUCCUCCCAUGCUGGAAGUCCCUGUUCACAAGCUGCACGAGCUGGGCAUUUCCAGAUUUGGUUUGGCAGCAUCAUAUGCUGCCGGUCAUUUGGUGGUGUGCGGUGGUCAUGGCACGUACGAUUCCUCCGUGUCAGAAACACAUGGCAGGCAGACUUCUGUACUCUGCCGCAAGCUGGAUCCGACACACAGUGCACCACAAGGAAAGGCAUCCCAGCCAUUUCAGCAUGUUGGAGAUCACAAGGCUGCAAUGUAUUGUAGCGCAACGGCAGUGGGCUCGAAGGUGCUUUUGUUUGGCGGCCGCUUGGGGCCUCAUCAGCCAACCAACUCUCUGGCCGUCUUGGAAACGAGCGAGCGCCAGGAGCACACUGGCUGUAGCCCACGACUGGAAGAGGUAGAUACAGUUUCAGGUCCUGCACCUCGAUGGCGGCAUUCAGCAACACACGUUCGCAUUGGCUCCAGGGAUGUGCUUGUUGUGUUGGGCGGUCGUGGGACAGAUGCAAACACCUUCAGCCUAGAUGAGGGAUGGCUGCUGGACUGUGAUGAGCUGUCGUGGAAGUGUUGCCCCAUCUUUCCAGCAGAUGGUUCCCUCCCCUGUGCGCGGCAUUCGCAUGCAGCAGCAGAUAUCGCGCCUCAAGGCCUCCUUAUGAUCUGUGGUGGCUUGGACGCCAACGAGGAGCUGCUGGGCGAUGCGUGGAUCUUGCAAAGAGAUGACGACCGAGACUGUUUCACAUGGAGAAGGAUUGCCUCGCCGUUGCCAAGGCCGAGGUACGGACACCACUUGCAUGUGUUCAGAGGCUUUAACAUCAUAGUGGGUGGAAUCGAAUGGACGUGUGAGACAGCACCAAUAUGUUGCAAUGGAGUGCCCGUGAAUGUCUACCAUCAUGAAGAAGACAAAGAGGACGACUUCUUCAUGUGGCACAACAUCGCUACGGUGCGUAAUGCUGCACAGCACUGCCCAAGUGCCUUCUGGGCGGCCGGUCAGGGCAAUGUGGACGUAGACAUCAAGCGCUUACGCAGUGUUUGCGAGGCCUGUCCCUGGAUCUAUGUCCAGGCAGAAGACGGUGGAGACUGGUCUGCCUUGCUACGAGGUCGUCCACCCAACUUCGUCGACGUCUACAGCCCACAGGACUUUUAUCCAACUUCCCUUUGGCAGGCAGCGGCUAACUACUUUGAAGGCUUGGAUGAUGCCAACAUGGUGCUGCCGGGUGGCCGUUACUCCUGCGCGCAGGCGCUUGUCUCGCGUGGGCUACAGUUUCUCCAAGGAAGGACUCUUGGGCAGGUUUGCCACAUCGUGCAGCUGGCGAUUUCGCAGAAGAAGCUUCUCGGCUACUUGAAUGGCGCCGUGGUGCCCUACGGGCGCUCCCAGUCCAUGAUCAAAGAGCGAUGUGCCGAGCGUCAGAAACCCUGCACCAACAUUGCGCGUGGUAACGGAUCUGACCUGGCUGAUUGGGAAGUGGUGAAGCGCGGUCUGAAGGAAAUCCUUCAAAGCCUGAGUCCUGGUACAGCCACGAUACCUCUUUCCAACGUGAAGCGCCUCUUCCGCUCGCGUUUUCACAUCGAACUCAGCGAGACAGCACUCGGUCACUCCAAGCUGUCCGAGCUGCUGCAGGAUCCAAGACUGCGAGAUAUUUGCUCGGUUCGUUUACAGGGACAUGGUUAUGUUGUCAGCCCAGUGGCACUUACUGCCGUCGUUCCCUCCAAGUCUAAUAAUCUGCGGCAAGCCAAGGCCGUGCAAAUGUCUUCGGGUCCGGGAAUGUCGGCGGCUGCCGCUGGUGCAGCAGCUGUCACGGCAGCUGUUGCGGCAGCAUGUGGGCAGAUGCCUGCGCAGGCAGGGCAGUUGGCACCUGCGACGCUCGGAGUCAAUAUGCGGAAGACGGCAGCGCCGUCUCCCUAUGACAAGGCGGAGGUACCAUUCUUUGACCCGCAAGUGCCACCAUCUGCUCCGACAUGCAGCAGAGCUGUCGGACCUGCCACUGAACUGACGAUUGUGUACUUAGAGCGAGCCAACACGAAAUAUAUCUUCCACGAAGGCUCCUGUGCCAGCCGUGCAACACCCCACUUCUCCAUGGAGGAUGUGGAGCAGCCAGGGGCUCUGGCAGCCACUGUGGCACUCGAAGUCCAGAAGAGUGGCGUGGGGAGGUCGCCUGCGGUGGGACAGCGUGCUCAAAGUGCUCAACAGAUCUCCGGUGGUCCUCUUAGCUUUGCUUUCGGAAAGUCUUACGUUGUCCCACUGGGUCGUCGCAUUUGCUGGGAGCGAUAA